AUGGCUGCAAGCAUACGAGGAGAAAACAAGAAAGAAGAUCGGGUGGCCGUGAUGGCUACGGCAGAAUUGCCUGCAAAAUCAAUUGAUCUGGCUGCAAUUAACCUGACAGAGCUGGUUAAUGGGAUGUUAAAUACGGCUCUAAAAGGCACCAGUAAUUUUUUCUCUUUGCUGAGCAUUACAUCAUACAGCUCCUACGCCUUCCAUAAGGUUUCCAUAGUCAUCUACAACAUAUCAAACAUGAAGAAUGUUGACCCAACCAAGUUCCCUAUGAGGCACUGCUAUUGCCUAAACAACAGGACAAAUGACUUGACAGAUUUUACAGCUUUGCUUGUUGAUAUUGUUGGGAACACCACCAACUACCUUACUGAAAUUUUCAAGUCAACUUCCAUUGUGUCAGUGAGCCAGAGUAAUGACACAGACUGCAUCUAUAUUUGCGUCAUGUCGGGCCGUACAGGCAGAAAUCUGUCUGACUUAUGGGAAGCCAUUGAGAAGUCCCCAGUUAUUAAUUACACUUUCUCUGGUAAUGUGUCAGACCUCCUGGGUGAGGCGGCUUUAAGAGGGACUGCGAAAUGUGGAAACAAUCUUUUGAACUCAAACCACUGCCCGGUGAGCAUCGAGAGUGUGGGAAACAGUAAAAAGAUGUCUACAGAGAUAGGGAAGAGCAUGACCUAUGUACAGAAUGCCAACGUCCUCUAUGUACUCAAUCCAAGGAAUAGAAAAGUGCCGCUGCCUGCUCUGGUUACACCACCACAAAAGCCUGCCAUCUUAUUGAAAGGCCCUUCCAGAUGUCCCCAGCCCAUCAAGAAAGGGGCGUCCUUCACGACACCAUCUGCCACAGUUCAAAAGAUAAAUCCUUGUGUUAUGGAGCUAUGCAAAUUUUAUCAGCAGUGCCUUUGUGCAAGGGACAGAAUUUAUUCCAGGCAAGAAGCGAUGAGGUACUGUAUUGAAAACUAUUCCUGGUUCUUGAGAAAUGCAGCAUACGUCUGUGAAAAAGUCAAAAGAACAGCCUAUUCCAAGACUUUAAAGCAGAAAUGCCUUGCAAGCAUUUGCAAGUCUAUUUAA